AUCUAAAUGUAAAUCUGUCCUAAGGAUGGUAAUCAAUUAGUUGUAGCUCUGUCCAAGUUUUGUGUGGUACACGACCACGGUUCUGAAUAUACAUCUUGCUUCAGGUUCCUCUUGGCACCGCAAUAAAUCCAUUUGAGCCUCAAUUCACUAAACCUCGGGAAGCCAGCCGUCGACCAUCCACGCCCUCCGACGGGCCUACUCUGUACCACCGCCUACGCUUCUUCCUCAGUAUCCCCAAAAUGUCAGGAACAUCGCCCCGAGACCAGCAGCCCCUCUCCGACUCGGCCCUGACCAUCCACUCGGACAGCGAGAACUACGACGGCAACCACGAGCUCUCCUCGUCGUCUCCGCCCUCUUCUUCCAGCUCGCCGCUCAUCCUGUACUCUCCGCCAACUAUCUGGGGCUUGGUGCGCGGCGCUGCGAUUAAUCUGGUUCUCCCGUUCAUCAAUGGAUUGAUGCUGGGUUUCGGCGAGCUCAUUGCGCACGAAGUGGCGUAUCAAUUUGGAUGGGCAGGCACAAAGAUAUUUCCCAGCAGGCGCAACGACUCGAGAACCGUCGGUCCUGGCGUUGAGAUGCGGCCCGACCCUGUCGAGCGGAAGAGGAGAUCCGGCGAAGAGAUGGACGCAUACACAAGCUUGGAGUAGGGCAUUGGACUGGAAGCUUUGCAGCUGGCACACACUCUCAUGCUUACGAGAAGCAAUUGGAUUGUACAUAGACACAAGGGCAUUAUAAAGUUUGUGGGUUAGCAUCAGGCACGCGCAGUCAGGCGUUAUUGGAAUCUUGCUCACAGCAAAGGCGAGGAAAAUGCACUCAACAGUCG